GAGCCAAUCAGCGGCGAGAGUGUUUCUGCGUCAGCGACCCGUACUGUACGCGCAGCUCGCGUGCCCUUGGCGUUUAUUAAACUACAGAAUCACAUUUAUAAGGAUGGGCUUCCUUCUCUCCAAAGCCAUGGAGCAGAACUUCCAGAAGCAGCAGGAGUUUAUGCAGAUCAACGGUCGUCUGCAGCUGGAGCGUCAGCUGCUGAUGCAGAAUCAGAUGCGCGAGCGUCAGAUGGCGAUGCAGGUCGCCUGGUCCAGAGAGUUUCUCAAGUACUUUGGUUCCUUCUUCGGUUUGGCUGCUCUGGGUCUCACUGUUGGAGCUGUGAAGAACAAGAAACCUGCUCUCCUCGCUCCUGUCAUUCCUCUGAGCUUCAUCCUCGUAUAUCAGCUGGACACAGCCUACGGAUCCCUCCUUCACCGCAUGAGGGAGGAGGCUGAGAGCAUCAUGGCGUCGGAGAGCGAGCGUCUGGCUCUUCCUCAGGGGAUGCCCACAUUUGAGAGCAUCGAGAAAUCUCGCCGAGCUAAAGCACAUCUGUCUCUGCUGGAGAAAUGAAUCCUGACUCCAGCGGAGGAGAGUCCACUGAGAAGCGCUCAAAUGAAGAGGCCUUCGACAUAAAGGCCAAUAUUUCACCCAAAAUUGUUUCAUUGAUCAUGCGAUGGGUCGAAUCUCAGGUGUUCACACAUAUUGCCUAAUUAUUUAAUGCUUUUUCCAUCUUGCUUUGGAAGAAAUGUGUCGCAUGGGAUAUGAGAUAUGAUUAAAAGACGUGUGUACUUCAUUAUUAUAAUAAAUACAACCCCCAACAGGGUUCAGUUUUUAUUGUGAUCAUAAACUGUCCAACAAUAAAUAAAGCAGAUCUUAACAUUUUUCUUCCACAACAUGUAGGAGAUUUUGUGUGUGUGUGUGUGUGUGUGUGUGUGAUGCCUACACUAGUUGAUUUGAACUGAAUUUAUAAAGAAAUGAUAAUCAUAAUGAAUGUCUGUUCAUGAAAAUAAAACUGUAAAUCAUGAUUUUUUUUAUCGGCUGAUGUCCUUUCUGUAAAAUUUCUGACCAAAUUAUGAAACAAGAAAUCUAUAUUUUUGGAAAUAAAGGAUUCUUAUCAAACAUUA